AUAUUCAAACCCAUCAAAUUAACAUGAAGAAGUCUCAAAUAAGCUCCUCUGUCGUCUUCCUCCUGGUUCUUUGUCUUUCCUUUUGUAACUCAUGGGCAAACUUAUCUUCCCUUGUUGAUGUUACACCAGGUACGGAAAAUUUCAUGAGUUGCAUACAGCCCAAAUCCAACAAUGUCACCUCCUUCUCUCAACUCAUUUUCACACCUGUGAAUGCUUCUUUCAUUCCCAUUUGGCAAGUCGCAGUGCAAAACACUAGGUUCCUUAAACCCUCCACUCCUAAACCAUCAAUCAUCGUGACACCUGUGGAUGAAACACUUGUCCAAAAGGCUCUAUUCUGCGCAAAGAAACAUGGAUACGAGAUCAGGAUCAGGAGUGGGGGCCAUGACUAUGAAGGCCUAUCAUACACUGCUGAUGUUCCGUUUGUUAUGCUUGAUUUCACCAACAUGAGGUCUAUAGACGUGGACGUAGCUAACAGGACCGCAUGGGUCCAGCCAGGUGUUUGCCCCACGGUGGGUGUUGGCGGGUACAUGGGCGGUGGUGGCUACGGAAACCUACUGAGGAAAUAUGGUACUGCUGCUGAUAAUGUUUUGGAUGUUCGCUUUAUGGAUGUCAAUGGAAAUAUUCUCGACAGGAAGUCGAUGGGUAAAGAUUUGUUUUGGGCAAUACGAGGAGGCGGUGCUUCCAGUUUUGGAAUCGUUCUUGCAUGGAAGCUCAGGUUGGUUCCAGUUCCAGAAAAAGUAACUGUAUUCAUACUGAAUAAAACUUUGGAAGAAGGGGCAACCAAAAUUUUCCAUAAAUAUCAAUACGUUGCGCCAACUAUUGAUAGAAAUCUACACAUAAGGACUCAGGUGUUUGCCGAAUAUAUUGGCAACACCACCAAGAAAACCAUACGAAUUAUGUUCGAAGGAAUUUAUCAGGGCACAAGGGACACAUUGCUUCCGUUGCUGGACGAAAAAUUUCCUGAGCUCGGUGUUAGACGAGAGAUUUGUGAAGAAAUUAGAAGCAUCCAAUCGACCGUUGUGUUUUGGGGCUUGCCAAGCUCCACCCCAAUCGAGAUCCUCACGAACCGGUCUGCUAUAGCCAAGCUGAACAAUAAAAGUAAAUCAGACUAUGUCCGGACACCAAUUCCCAUACGCGGCCUAAGAAAGAUAUGGAGAAAGCUCAUGCAAAACGACGGAUCGGCACUUCUCAUGAUCAAUCCUUUUGGCGGAAGGAUGGCUGAUUACUCGGAGUCAGCAAUUCCAUAUCCUCAUAGAGCUGGGGUGUUGUUACAGAUUCUCAAGACUGUUAAUUUUAACGGUCAAACUUCAGACACAACCCCUACAUCGCUCAAGAGGAUAAUGUGGCUGCGAAGCUUGGACGAGUUAUUGACGCCUUAUGUGUCAAAGAACCCAAGAGAGGCAUAUUCCAACUACAAUGAUUUGGAUUUGGGUGUUGGAAGUUCUAAUUAUGAAGAAGCCAGUCCUUGGGGUGAGAGGUACUGGAAAAGGGACAAUUUUCAGAAGUUGAUUCGAAUCAAGGCCAAAGUUGAUCCGAAUAAUUUCUUCCGGCGUCCACAAAGUAUCCCUGUUUUCUAA